GAUUGCCCUUGAAAACUGUCUACAAGCUACAACUGGUCCAGAAUGCAGCAGCACAUGCAUUGUUGGGAGCUCCCAGUUUCACCUUUGCACAAGCUGCAAUAGCUCUCAGUUUCCUUCUAGGUCCAAUUCAAAUGCUAGUUGUCACAUUUAAAGCCCUAAAUGGAAUGGGACCAGGUUAUUUGCAAGACUGGCUUUCCCUGAGAGCAUCUGCCUCCAUCCUACUAGAUCACAUAGGAUAGGCAUACUUUCGGUCUUUCCUGAAAUCUGCCAUCUAGCAGAUCAUUGGAGAUGUGCCUUUUCCAGGGCUGCUCUUACCUUGUGGAACACCUUCCCUUCAUCUAGGUACUUGCAGGCUCUCCGUGAAUUUGUUAUAGCUGAAGCUCAUGCAGUUGCAACCCUAAUGAGUUUUGAUUGUCCUCUGCUGAAGAACAAAAGGUGACCUUAUUCUCCUAAGUUAGCUUCCUGCCUUAUCACUGUCACAAAACUGUUUCAUAUCAGCUUGGAAUUCAGCAAAUUGUUAUGCGAAAGUCUGGGUGCAGCAUCAUAAGACUAUGACUUGUAAAGCACAAUGGUUGGAUCCAGCUAUCAUCCUAAAUCCAGACUAGACCUUUUCCAGCAAGCAUGGAAAAGAAUGGAAAAAUAAAACAACCCAGGGAUAAACAGAGCAAAUAUCUUUCUAAGCCACUCAGAGUCACUAAGAGUGAUUUUGGUGGCCAUAUAAAUUUUCAUAAAUAAAGUUAUUGAUGAAAUUCAUUCUCCACUGGUUUAACUGGCCUUUUAUAAAUUUCAUUUGCUGUAACUAUAGCAAAUUACGAUGAAAAUAAUCACCUUUUGUCUAACUGAGCAUCAAUACAACAGGUUAUGGUCUCACUUUUUCUAAAACUACAUGGUUUAUAGCUUUGAUUUUAAUGGGAUUUUUCAUACAGUAUUUGAUCGGUGGGCUCCCCCAAUAUAACAUUACCAACAUAACACUACCUUUGGCAAAUUGGGUGGCAUCCAAUUUUGAUAAACAAAAUGGCAUCAAAUUAAAGUCUAAGCUAAGAAAAUAGAGGAGCAGAGCUUUUUAUGGUAUUUCAUUCAAGUGUUCUAUAAUCUAACUACUUGGAAGACAAUUAUUGAAUUAUAACAGCCUACCCCAGUAUGCCUUACGCCAAAGACUAUUGUCAUCUUAGUGACCAUGUUCAUCAUUACAUAUGCGUAUGAAAAAGCAAACACUUUUUUUUCAGGAUUACCCUAAUAGCAUUAAGAGAUUAUUUUUAAAUUUUCAUUGGAAGAAAAUGCACUUAAACGAGAUUACUUAUUACUUGACUGGUUUCCUAUCCUGCCAUUUUAUUUAGGUAAAUAAAGUCCAUAGGAGUAUUAUUUAAAACAAAACCACCACCAACCAAGCCCUGAUUUUAUACAUUAAUGAUUUCAAAUAAAAGAGAAGUCUUAUACUUGUGCAUGGGUGCUUUUGAAAAAGUUAAGUCUGAUACUCUGGUUACAGGAGAUAACACUUUUUGUUCUUCUUGGUGCUCUCCCUCCUCCAUUAGUUGCUAAUUACUUGGAAACAAAUAAACAAUUAACUCCUCUUGCCUCUUGGUGGGAGAAUCUUCAUUGACAUGCUAAAACUUUCUAAUAAAAGAUUUUAAUUAAUGACGUGGAAAAUCCAACCCCCUUGUUGCCAAAGCUAUAAGAAAAGCCCUGUAAGUAAAAGCUGAAUUAUGGUGUGGGGAGGUUGGCAAAAGAAUGGCAGGUAGAUCGUUGUAUGCUCAUAAUGCGGCUUCUUAUAAUCAUCAGAAUAAAUCCAGUCUUGGGGAAGGCAAAAACACUUCCUUUUCGUUUUCUAUUGAAAAUAUUUUGGGAUUAGAGCGGGAAAAAGAUGGCACUCCAACUGCAAAACCCCACAGGCCAUGGGUGGAUAAAUGCAAUCACUUAGGAGAAGAUUGUUUGCCCUGCCUGCAUCUCUCUUCAAUAUGCUAUGCACUCCCUUUGUAUAAUACGACCAACUGCCGAAAAGCUGAAGAAAGAGUUUUGAAAUGUGAAAACUAUUUCACAGUCAAUGAAAGAUUUUCUUACAAAAGGGACUUGAGCUGGUACCGAGGUAGGAGACCAAGGACUGCAUUCACUCAAAUCCAGAUAGAAAUACUGGAAAAUGUUUUUAGAGUGAACUCUUAUCCUGGCAUUGAUGUUAGAGAAGAGCUGGCUCAAAAAUUAGAUUUAGAUGAAGACAGGAUCCAGAUCUGGUUUCAGAAUCGCAGAGCAAAGCUGAAAAGAUCCCACAGAGAAUCACAGUUUCUAAUGGUGAAAAAUACUUUUUCUCAAACAAUUAUAAAAUGAAAAUAAAUAUAUAGAAUGCAUUAUUUUACUGUAGUAGAUGAAUUCCUCAUAAACCACAAUGUGUUAUCAGAGAUUUAUCAUGUUAAGAUAGGUUUCAGUAUUAUUUUACAUGAUUUUUUUACAUGUAAUGAUUUCAUUG